UAUGCGCGGGGCUGUAUCGGCGGGAGGAAUGUUCUGGGCGGGCACCAUAGAGAGGAGGGGGUCCGCCGGGCUGCCUAGAGCGGCGCGUGGAGGCAGCCAUGUUGGUGUGACGCUGAGGGGGUGGCCGCCAUCUGGAGGAGUCUUCAACAUAGCCCACGUUACCAUGGCCUCCCACUCUUCCACGGAUCAGGAGGAGAGAAUCAAGUGUGUUAAGGGGGACCUUUUCUCCUGCCCCCAGACGGAUGCCUUGGCUCAUUGCAUCAGCGAGGACUGUCGCAUGGGUGCAGGCAUAGCUGUUCUUUUUAAGAAAAAGUUUGGAGGCGUGCAAGAGCUGUUGGAUCAACAAAAGAAGACCGGAGAAGUCGCAGUUCUCCAAAGAGAGGACCGAUACAUUUACUACCUGAUUACAAAGAAGAAGGUUUCUCACAAACCGACAUAUGAGGAUAUGCGAAAGAGUUUAGAAGCCAUGAAAACUCACUGUCUGAACAAUGGCGUUACUGACAUUUCCAUGCCUAGGAUUGGAUGUGGACUUGAUCGCCUGGAUUGGAAUAAAGUUUCAGCAAUACUUGAGGAAGUGUUUGAAGGCACAGAUAUAAAGAUCACAGUUUACACUCUGUGAGCUAAAUAAAGAGAGCCCCAUUGCCCUGGAAAUAAAUAUGUGAACUGAUGAGGGGGCAAACUGCAUGCUGAGCACAUUCUUUGUCUGAGCAUAGCUCACUCUUGUCUUGGCAGGGGCAGUGGGCUUUUAACAACAAGGACAGCAAAAAAAGGCUCCUGAGCUGCUAAUUUGGGAUGUAGCUUUCAGGGAGGCUGUUGAGGCAGCAGAGUGUUGUGGUAACUGGCUGGCAGUUACCAGUUUAUCCCAGUAAGCCACCAGAUGUCACUGGUCCUCCACGGAGCACCUGACUGCACUGCAGCUCCUCCUUGAAGUGACAGUUCCUGUGCAGAGUGAAACUGGAGCUGUCUGUAGCCUAGGUAUUUGUUGGUUUGUCAUUACGGUUGAUAACGGUGAGCUGUGCAGCCCUGUCACUGUUUAUUUUUUGAAGUUCUGCGGUGUUCCUAUGUGGCAUACAGUUCACUGACUCAGUUCCUUACAGGAUUAGGCAUUUAGUUUCCACCUUCUGGCAACACGUAGAAUUUUUUUUAUUAUGAGAUUGUACUCAGGAAGAAUCAUGCUGUAACCAUUAAAUAAAUAGUUCUUCAGUACCCUGCUGUCAGAUCACUACAUGGUCCUUCUUGAUAAACAUACUCUGUGUCGUGACUGUAUUCCAAAGGAAAGCUGGGGUUUGAAGGGAAUGCUGGAGGUGGAUAAUGCAUUUUAUACCAUGUAAUUGGUAUAGGCUGCAGAACCUGGUGUUUGAGAAUCCACACAUCUGAAUGACAGAUGUGCUUUAAAUGUCAGCAUGGAGUUCAAGGUUUGUUUCUCAUAUUUCUUUUUGCGUUUGUAGUUUAGCUGUUCUGUGUAGGUUGGUGUUUGAUGUCACCUAUACCAAGAGCAAAUCAGUAACACUGAGUUCAUCGAAUCAUUGGUAAAUGCUUGAUUUUUUCAAAGUUUGGUUCCAGUACUGAAGAAUAUUGUGUUCUCCACAUUUCUUUAUGUUUGGUUUUCCCCAGCCUCCCAUAAUAAUAAAUCUUCUUGACUUCUCUUGUAGUGAAUGCCCAGAAAAAUGCCAGAUACAUUGAAUAAAUCUAAAAGAUGGACUAUAAGCUGAAGUUUGUAGCAUAACAUAAUUGGUUUUCACUGUGUACUGAACAGGUGGAGCAUUUUCUGUUCUCUGCAUUGUGGGUUUCUUUACUGAUGCAGAUCUGCAAAUCAAGUUUCUGUCUUUAAGAGUUUCGUAUUAUUACUCUCUCUUUUGACCAUCCUUUGUAAACCCUGGUUUUGGUGGAUGAUUACUGUAGCUAAAUACAUGACUGGAAAAAAAAAUAAACUCAGUAAGAGAAGUAAAAACUUGGGAGUAUUGAGCUCAUCAGGAGUGGACAUCAAGACUGCUUGUUGAUUUAGUCCUUACACUUAUUUAUGUUUAUCUUUUAAAUCUAGUGGCAGAGAGAUUAAAUGCACAGUGGUUCCGCAA